AAAGUUCUUUGUUUGUGGUUUUUUUCUUAUUUUCAUUCACUGUCACUGCUCACUGGUUCUUUCGUUUGCUGUAGUGUAAAAUUCGGCCACUGAUCACAUCGGAACAAUGGCCAGCCGUGAAGCCGUACGUCGUGCCGUGCAAAACGUUCGCCCAAUCCUUUCCGCUGACCGGGAAGAAGCUCGUAGGCGAGUUUUGAAUUUAUACAAAGCCUGGUAUCGCCAGAUUCCCUACAUCGUAAUGGACUACGAUAUUCCUAAAUCGGUAGAGCAGUGUCGCGAGAAAUUGCGAGAGGAGUUCCUUAAACACAGAGAUGUGGCUGAUAUUCGUGUGAUUGAUAUGCUAGUAAUCAAGGGUCAAAUGGAGUUGAAGGAGUCGGUCGCUAUUUGGAAGCAGAAGGGUCACAUAAUGCGUUAUUGGAAAGAAUCCUGUGAACCAAAGCCAACCGAUUUUCUAUCCAAGUUCCUGGCGGGACACAAUUAAAUAUGAGCCAGGGACGAAUAAGGAAGACCUAUGUUAUGGCUAUUUAUACAGUUUAGAAUAAAAAAUAAUA